AUGUACCGCUUGAAAGUCAUUCGCCGCAACCGGCCCCAGGUUAUCAAGGGCACCUGGCAGCUUGAUGGGCGGCACAAGGGUGACAUGGUUACGGACCGCACCGCUGGUGGUGCAGCCAUUGACGACAUGGAGCGCUUUGUGCGCGCUGGCGUGACCACGUUUGACACGUCGGACGCAUUUGGUCCUUCUGAGGCGUUGAUUGGGCAGUUCCGCAGCCUGUCGCCGCGCGUUGCGGACAGCUGCACCGUGCUCACGAAGUUGACCUUUAUGGGGGCUCCUGGGCCUGGAGCCAUCAGCGGAGAGAUGAUUGAGUAUCGGGUGCGCGCAGCCUGCACACGACUGGGAGUGGCGCGGUUGCCUCUGGUCCAGCUGCACUGGGACAACUGGGGGGCACGCGGCUACGUAGAUGCGGCGCGGCACUUGGCCGACCUGCAGCGGCGCGGGCUGGUGGGCGCCGUGGGAGUGUGCAAUUGGGACGUGCCGCGCCUGCUGGAGCUCAUCGAUGCCGGCGUCACGCCCGCGACCAACCAGGUGAGCUACAGCGUGCUCGACCGGCGGCCGGGGCUGUUCCUGCCGCCCGUGUGCGAGCGCCACGGGGUGAAGCUGCUGGCGUACGGCACGCUGGCCGGCGGCUUCAUCGGCGACAGAUACCUGGGGCUCCCCGCCAACAAGGCCAAGCUGGACACCGUGAGCAAGGCCAAGUAUGGCACCUGGAUACAGCAGCUGGGGGGAUGGACAGUCCUGCAGGACGCCCUGGCCGUGCUGAAGCGUGUUGGCAGGAAGCACGGCGGAGUGAGCGCCAGCCUGGUGGCCAUGCGGUGGGUGCUGCAGCAGCCCGGGGUCGCGGCGGCCGUGGUGGGACAGCGGAACGCCCUCCACCUGGCAGACACACGGCGGCUGUUCACCUUUGAGCUUGACGAGGUCGACAUGCUGGACAUCGACGCCGCGUAUGAGGGCGCGCAGCAGCCAGCGGGUGACGUCUAUGCGUGGGAGAGAGGGGGGUCUUGGUGA